AUGAAUGACAUGCUGCGAGCUUGUGAUCUUUGCUACUCGAGAAAGGUUCGCUGUGAUAAGCAGCUGCAUUGUGCAAAUUGCAUCGAUGCAAGCGUCGAGUGCAGUCGUUCAAGACCUCAACGAUCUCGCCAGCAAUCAUCGUCGGUGAUAUCUGCUCUUGGGGAAAGGUUGUUAAACUUGGAAAAAUCAGUUCCAGUAGGCACUGGAAACAGCAAUCCGUCAAAUUUUGCAGAUAAUUAUAAUGGAGUAACGACAUCGAAAAAACGGAAAUGGGACCAUGUUUCGCACAGAAAAUAUGCUUCCCAAUCUCCCCGCGACGAGAGUGCCUUUGGAUCCACCACACACCAUGCAGAGAAGGCUAGAGCCGUUAUACAAGGAGAGAUUGAUGGAAACGACCACAUGGAUCGUGAAAGAAAGGCAAUUCUCAGGUCUGCUCUGCAAUUUGUGGAUGUUAUAGGGCAGAGGAGAAACUCAGUUACCGAUAAAUCUUCACUGUUAGAAGCGCCGUUGGAAGACUUUCAACAUGACGGUCCAUUUAUUGCCCCAUCACCAGAGCUACUUUACAUGCUUUUUUCAGACCCAACAUCUGCCAUCGGACGUUCGAGUCGCCUACAGUGGCCGGACCACAUCUCGGAUGAAACACUAGAGAAGAUGGCUUCAACCAUUCUCGGUGAAAAUAACCAUGAGCAGAGUCAGAUAGUCUACCAGUAUUCUAUAUGCGUUUAUGUGAAGGCCAUCUUCCACCUCUUCCAAAAGCCAAGAGCAUAUAAGGAUCCCCGUCUCAACGCACAAUUUCUCAAGUCCAAGAAAUUAUAUGAAAUGUAUGCCUUCCGUGCUAUCAAGAAUCUCAAUUUCUUGAGUGUUCCAAGUCUUCCCUUCAUCCAGUCAUUGGUAUCUGCGGCACUUCUCAUGAAGUAUCUUGGGAAUAUGAGCCAAUCAUGGGUCCUCAACUCGUAUGCUGCUCGUCUGAUAUCCGUUUUGGGCUAUCAUGAAAUCCGUAAUCCUCAGGGGAAUUCAAAACUUGAUGAAGAGAUCCAUAGCGUUGUAUGCUGGUGCUUUUAUCUUGACCGAACUCUGAGCACCCUUCUUUACCGGCCAUUAUCGCUGCCCGAGCCUCGGAUCUCCCCCAGUGAUUUAAUUAGUCCCGACCAGUCUCUGGCACAUAUCCCAUUAAUCCGAGUCUUGUUCGAUUUAGCCCAGGUCCAAGGAGAGCUGCUGAAUUGCGAAAAGGCGGAUAACACCCGCCAGAUAAUUGCCAAUCUUUCAAGACUCCAAGAACGAAUGGAGGUCAUAUAUUCAAAAUUGCAAUCUUCUCGAGCCGCGGCACCAGGCUGUAUCGCUUCCGAAUGGAUUUCAGCUGAAUUUUGUUAUUACGCAAUUCUAGUUGAUAUUCUUCGAUCACGCUUGAGAUGUACCUUCUCGCCCUUGACACACAAGGAAUGUUUAUCAUAUUCUCGCAAAUCUCUCAAGGCAUUGCAUCACCUUCAGAAAAAUCCUGCGGAUUCCCCUGGUUUCGCGGAUCCUUAUCCCUCAUUCCUAACAUGGACUGUUCUUCUAUACCCUUUAAGUCCAUUCUUCGUCCUCUUCUGCAACGUCAUUGGAGAAUUAGAUAUGGAUGACUACAAUCUAAUGCAAGACAUCACGGAAAGUCUGUCUCAGUUCACCACCAGUCCAUAUAUCUCGAAACUUCUGAAACUUCUGGAUCAUCUGCAGAAUCUCUGCAUCCCAUUGAUCCAAGCCAAGCAGCGCAUGGGAUCGCGAGUCACAGUCCCUACCUUGUACCCUUCAAUAACUGGGAACUGGCACGACCAUCCAGCUAGUCUUGAUGAGCAUGCUCAUUCCCUGAUGAGUGAGUCUUCAUACAUGGAUGCUGUUGCUGGAGAAAACCCUCAGAACUUGCCAACACCUAGUAAUGGCUAUGCUGCUGAUGAUGCGAUGAUGUGGCAAUUAUUUACUAGCGAACUCUCGCUCGAGUGGUUCGAGUCUGAUCCUUUUUCUUCUUGA